AUGAUUCUUCAGAAGAGGAUGAUAUGCUGGACAGGCAGCGAGAUGCCAAUAGUGACAACAGAAAUUCUUAUCAACGAUCACCCAGACAUGAUGGGUUUCAAAGUAGUUAUGGGGGAUUCAGUCAGUCAUACCAAGAUGAGACAUCUGAUGAGGAACAACAAGCUUUUGAACAACCUCGGAAGAAGAGGCGACAUGAAUCGGAAAAUGACGACGUGGAUGUAGAUGAUUGGCGUCCAAAGUUUUCUUCAGAGCAGCCUGACAAACCUGAAGUCAUAGAUAGUUCUUUGUUUAAUAGCAAUGUCCAUAAAAUGAUGAAAAGUAUGGGGUAUAAGGAAGGGAAAGGUCUUGGAAAGUACGGCCAAGGUUUAAUAGCUCCCAUUGAAGCAAGCAAACAGAGAGGGAGACGAGGUUUGGGUUUACGACUGGAAGGUUUAGAAGCCUGUGAUAAUCUGAAGUGGGAUGCUUCUCAAGAGCUCAUAGCUGUAGAAGAAGAGGUAACAUGGUUACCACAGUGUACGGAACCCAUUCCAGACUUGGACACACUUCACUCAUGGUCACAGGAGGGUGAGAAAAAGAUUGAUAUAGAAGGAGAGGAUAAUUUUUGUGAGCCCAGAGUUUUAGAAGGAAUUCUUAAAGCUAAGAGUAUAUUUGAUAAUCUUGAUGGCAAAGAACUUCAGAGAGCAAGAUCACGGAGCAACCCUUUUGAAACCCUUGGAAAACUCUUCUUUCAAAACCGAGCAGCUCUAAAAAUGGCCAAUUUGGAUGCCAUAUUUGACUUUAUGUUUACAAAUCCAAAAAAUGAAUCUGGGGAGAUACUUGUUGGACAACAUGAUUUGCUCUAUUUUGCUGAUGUGUGUGCUGCUCCUGGUGGGUUUUCAGAAUAUGCACUUUGGAGAAGGAAGACUGAUUCACAGGGUUUCUGUGAUUGCAAAGGGUUUGGUUUCACCCUCAAGGAGAAUGAUUUUAAACUUCAUGAUUUUUUUGCAGCACCAGCUGAAUUCUUCGAACCAUUUUAUGGCAAAAGCGGUUUAGAUGGCGAUGGUGAUGUAUAUAUUCCAGAAAAUAUAACCAAUUUUAGAAAUUUUGUCCUGAAGAACACUGGUGGCCAAGGUGUACAUUUUAUGAUGUCAGAUGGUGGCUUCAGUGUGGAAGGUCAGGAGAACAUUCAAGAAAUUCUUUCCAAAAGGCUAUAUCUGUGUCAGUGCCUUAUGGCAUUAGGAAUUGUUAGAACAGAUGGACACUUUGUAACAAAACUCUUUGAUGUCUUUACUGUUUUUAGUGUUGGCCUUGUGUACCUGAUGUAUAGAUGUUUCAAGUAUGUUACUCUCCAUAAGCCGAAUUCUAGCCGUCCUGCCAAUUCAGAGAGAUAUCUUGUGUGUAAAUGGAAACGAGAAGACACGGAGGAUGUCUUUGACUACUUGUAUGAAAUGAAUCAGCGAUUAGGUGGUUUGCAUUCAAACAUGGAUGUUACAGAGCUGGUUCCAUUGGAUAUUCUUAAGGAAGAUCAAGCAUUCUUUGACUUUGUGUACAAUUCAAAUAAUGAGCUUGGAUUUCGCCAGAUGGUUAGUCUGCGGAAGAUUCAAGUUUAUUGCCAGGACACUCAGCUAAUAGAACCUCGACAAGCUGAGCUUCGUUUGGAGUGUCUUAGACGAUGGCAGUUGCCAGAUAGGACCCGCACAGCACCCCAGAGGCUUGAAGCAAAAGUCAAAUUUGUGGAUCUCAUGAAGGGAGAUAAUUUUGAUUAUAUGAUGCAGAGUCCAGAAGACCUACAUUUGGAAAACUUUAAAGAGAAACUUCGUAGUGCUUAUGAUUACAGGUGCCUUUUAGUAGCCUCUACCAAAGAAGGAAGAAAAGACAGAGCAUUUUAUUUAGGUUUAGGAGGCUGCAAUGUUUUCCGAUGGGAGGGUCGAGCGAACAGCCCUUGGAUUAGAGUUGAUACAAAACUUGAACUGCCAUCAGACACGUUGGUUUAUGGUGAGCUUGUUACAGAGCAUAGAGGAGAGAACAAAGCACAACGCAAAUUAACAACUUUUCAUAUCAUCGAUGGUCUUAUUUUAAAUGGUAAAGACAUUCGCAACAUCCACAUUGUUGAAAGGCAUAUCUUUUUAAAAAAGUUUGCAACAGCUUUGAAUAAAACUGGUAGACCAGAUCUUGCACCAAUUCGCUGCAAACAGCUGUACAAAUUGGAAGAUCUGGAACAUGUACUUUCAGAGCCAAGGCUACAUCACCGACUUAUGAAAGGCGGAGCUCUUCCAAGGAGAGUGUACACAGAAGUGGAAGGCGAUUCGGAUCGUGAAACAUUUUAUACUGUACCCACAGCACUAUUGCUUCUUAAAGCAACAAAUGAGCCUUGGAUGAUGGCAUUCAGCAAGGGCCAAAACAGGAAGUACUGGUACAACACGCUCACACGAGAAUCUACCUUUGAAUGUAAAAAAGAUGUUAUAGCUCCGUUCAGAACAUCUUUCAACUCUGGUUUAGUUUGGUGGUGGGAUAAUGGUGUCCAAGUCUUGGAGCACGACACACAGGGCAAGAACAAAUUGCAUCGUGCCGAUAUACUUGCUCAUCUGAAUAAAAUUCGCUAGGCAUAAUUAUGAGCACUUAAUUUUUGUAAUUAUGCCCUUAUUAUUUGUAGGCAAUAUUUGCAUUGUCACAAAUCUUGUUUGGCCAGGAAGAUAUGAAAAAUAUUUAUAUUGACGUAUGUGAAUACAUCAUAUUGAUGAAUUAGAUUUUUUCUUUUGUAGAUUACAUAAUCUUUACAAAAUCUCUUUAACUUGUGUAUUUUUACCUGGAAGAAAUUUUUUAUGCUUAUGUAUCACAUAAAUAGUAUCUAAUUGUUAUUAAAGUGAUUUUUCUA